AUGUCAUGUGUCUCUGACGCGAUUUCCGAUGUGAAGAUCCGAACGCUGGCACAGCGCUUGUAUACCGCGCCGUGUCUGUCUCUGACGCUUGCUCUCAACCACCCUCUUCCCCAGUCUCUGUUGACAUCAAACCUCCGAAAGCCUUCAAUGCAAUGCUGUAUGUCCGGACAGACUGCGCACGCCGCGAGGUACGCCACCUAUGAGAAUGUCGAGGGUCGUCUGGUCAACCGUGGUAUCGGCGACAACGUGACGGUCUGCCCCCACUGCGGCAAGGAUAACGUCAAGGACGCCUCGGUUUGUGCGUACUGCGACAAAUCUAUGUAA